UAUAGAUAUUUCAUCACAAAUAUCUGAAAUUAUCUUACGCCGUUCAAUUUAGAAGAUGGCAAAAUUUCAUCAACUCCUAAGCAUCACAUUAAUGUUUUAUUCUUGCUUAUUAACAGCAUCAAAAACAUUAACGUCUGACCCUGCAGACCAGCAAGAUGAUUAUUUGACGUUACGAUUAGUCAGCACGGUCUUUAGACAUGGCGAUCGUACAAUGGACAAGAUAAAUCGCGAAUCUUAUCCGAAUGAUCCAUAUAAUGGUCGUAGUUUCUACCCAGUUGGAGACGGAGACUUAACUAAUGCUGGCAAGAAAAGAGCAUACGAAUUAGGGCUGCUGUUAAGAAACAAGUACCACAAGUUUCUCGGAGAUUUGUAUUAUCCACCGAAUGUCUACGCACGUAGCACGUGGGUAACUCGAACCAAGAUGACCCUACAAUUAGUUCUUGCAGCGCUUUAUCCGCCUGCCGAAAUUCAAAAGUGGAACUCGCAGCUUUCUUGGCAACCAGUAGAUAUGAUAUAUUAUCCAAUGGAUGAAGAUGAUCUGCUAUUUCCAAUUAAGUGUUCUAUAUACCACGAUACUUACAAAAAUGUGAUACAAAAUGCAGAAGUGAGAAAGAAAAUAGACCAGUAUGACAAUUUGAUGAAGAUGACGUCAAAGUAUACAGGAACUAAUAUUACAAAUCUCUUGGACCUUGCUCGUUUGUAUGGUGUUUUACAUUCAGAAUUAGCUAUGGGAUUAACUUUACCUAACUGGACGCAAACUAUAUUUCCGGAUGGCGAACUUUUGAAUGCGACUCUUUUAUUGUUUGAUCUACUUAGUUACGAUCAAUUAAAUAAUCUUAAUGGAGGUGUGUUAUUAAAUAGAUUAAUUAACGACAUGAAUAAAAUGAUCAAUGGAACUCUACAUCGCAAAAUUAAUCUCUUCUCCGCACAUGACAUAAAUGUAUUUGGAUUGCUACUUGCUCUAAAUGUUUCCGAACAACAUUUACCAGAGUUUACGAGCAGCGUUAUUGUAGAAUUACACGAAAGAAAUGAGAAGUAUUUUGUCAAAAUAUUACAUUAUUUAGGUAUUCCACCGAAAAUAUUAGAAAUUAGCAUUCCCGGGUGUGAAGUAUUAUGUCCAUAUGACAAAUUUAUCGAAUUAACUAAGAAUACAACUGAGAUAUUUAAACAAUCAUGUUAUCCAGAUGAUCAGAAAAUAACCAAACCUCAUAUUUCCACACCAUUUGAUAGUAAAAAAUAAUAGAACACGCUUCGAAACU